UAUUCAUAGUUGUGAGAACCUCUGAGGUCUAUUAGAGGUCAGUGCGAGUCCUUCUAAUAGCAACUAUCGCAGCAAACAGGCCAUUCAGAUAAACUACAACUCUACACCUCUGGUGACACUUUCUGCCUUUUCCUAAAACAAACACUGCGGAGCUGGUCAGUGCAGAACAGCCAUGCAGGCUCAGGAGGUCCUGAGACAGCUGCGCUUUCCCGACCUGGAUGACGUCCGGCAGUACGUGCGUGGUUUGCCUACCAACGCGCUCAUGGGUAUGGGCGCUUUCGCCGCCAUCACCACCUACUGGUUUGCCAGUCGGCCGAAAGCCCUCAAACCACCCUGUGAUCUCGGCCUGCAGUCGGUGGAGAUACCGGGCGAAGAACGUGCCAGAAGAUCUGUACUGAACGACAGUGACGAAAACAUGACGCACUAUUACGACGACGCACGCACAAUGUACGAGGUGUUCCAGCGAGGGCUCAGAGUGUCGAAUAACGGACCUUGUCUAGGAUCAAGAAAACCAAACCAGCCGUACGAGUGGCUGUCUUAUAAAGAGGUGUCGGACAGAGCCGAGCACAUCGGUUCUGCUCUCCUGCACAGAGGACACUCUCAGACGGGAGACAGGUUCAUCGGUAUUUUUUCCCAGAACAGGCCUGAGUGGACCAUUUCAGAGCUGGCCUGUCACACAUACUCCAUGGUAGUGGUCCCACUGUACGACACACUCGGCACAGAGGCCAUCGCCUACAUUAUCGACAGAGCUGCUAUCUCAACUGUGAUCUGCGAUGUAGCCGAAAAGGCUCAGCUGAUUCUGGACAGCGGGAAGGGGCAAACUGUGAAGACGAUUGUGCUCAUGGAGGCGUUUGACGGCGACCUGGUGACCCGUGGACGGGAGUGUGGCAUCGAGAUCCUGAGUUUGAAAGACUUUGAGGCCUUGGGUAAAGCCAACCACCAGAAACCAGUGCCCCCGAAACCCGAGGACCUCGCACUUAUCUGCUUUACAUCUGGAACAACAGGAAACCCAAAAGGUGGAAUGCUUACUCACGGAAAUGUGAUCUCCAACACUGCAGCGUUCCUUAGAGUAACAGAGGUGCACUGCAUGCUGAACCUCCAUGACAUUCACGUAUCCUAUCUGCCCCUAGCUCACAUGUUUGAGAGGGUUGUACAGGGCGUCGUCCUCAUCCACGGGGCUCGAAUCGGCUACUUCCAAGGAGACAUUCGACUGUUGAUGGACGAUUUAAAAACGCUGCAACCGACGGUGUUCCCUGUGGUCCCGCGUCUCCUCAACCGUAUGUUUGAUAAGGUAUUCUGUCAGGCCAACACGCCGCUGAAGAAAUGGCUGCUCGACUUUGCCUUCAGCAGGAAGGAGGCAGAGAUGAAAAAUGGUGUGAUCAGAAGGGACAGCAUGUGGGACAAACUCAUCUUCAAAAAAGUACAGGCGAGUCUUGGUGGUCGCGUGAGACUCAUGAUCACGGGAGCAGCACCGGUGUCACCAACCAUCCUGACGUUCCUGCGAGCCGCUCUGGGUUGCCAGUUUUAUGAAGGCUACGGUCAAACUGAAUGUACCGCUGGAUGCUCCAUGUCAAUGCCAGGAGACUGGACAGCAGGUCACGUCGGGCCUCCUCUGCCCUGCAACGCUAUCAAACUGGUGGAUGUGGCAGAAAUGAAUUACCUGGCAGUCAACGGAGAAGGAGAGGUGUGUGUCAAAGGACCAAAUGUAUUCCAGGGAUACCUGAAGGACCCCGAGAAAACAGCCGAGGCGAUCGACAAGGACGGAUGGCUGCACACAGGAGACAUUGGGAAAUGGCUUCCUAAUGGCAGCCUUAAGAUCGUUGACAGAAAAAAGCACAUUUUCAAGCUGGCACAAGGGGAAUACAUCGCCCCCGAGAAAAUAGAAACCAUCUAUAAUCGCAGUGAUCCGGUGGCCCAGAUAUUCGUCCAUGGGGACAGCUUACAGGCGUGCCUCGUGGGGAUAGUGGUGCCCGAUCCAGACUUUUUACCUAUUUGGGUGAAGAAAAAAGGGAUUGAAGGAUCCUAUACCGAACUGUGCAGUAAAAAGGAGGUGAAGGACGGCAUUCUGGAGGACAUCCUGAGGUUGGGCAAAGAAGCAGGACUCAAGUCUUUUGAACAGGUGAGGGACAUAGCUUUACAUCCCGAGAUGUUUUCCAUCCAGAACGGCCUCUUGACGCCCACGCUGAAGGCCAAGAGGACCGAGCUCCGGAGCCACUUCAGAGAGCAGAUUGACAAACUUUACGCCAAAAUUAAGAUAUAAACUGGGACCGGGGAGCAAUGUAGGGAGGUGACAAUCAUUUUGAGUGCACAGCCAACAAAAAAUAGUCUUGUGAUGGGGCUUUGACCCGCUUUUCCUGCCAGUGACAGUCUUUGCAAUUUUUGUGGGAACUAAUUUCAGUUAAAAGUGCAUAUUGUUCUCACUUCAGUUAGUGAGUGUACAGCUAAAUGUUCUCUGCUAUUACUGGCUCAUUAGUCCAGAUUAUCCCAGAGUAUAUCAUCGUGUUACUGGUAUAAUUUAUACAAUUUAAUUUAAUUUGUAUCGCGCCAAAUCACAACAUACAUUAUCUCGCGGCACUGUACAAGGAUAAGAGUUAAAUAACACAAAAUGGGGGGAAAGUGAGACAUGCUCAUGCCUUAACUAAGUCUGACUACUUCAUGGUCAGAAAAGUUCAACCUCUGCAAACAUUUCUCUCAUGUUUUCUUGAGUGUCAGUCAGAAGAAGAAGAAAAAAAUACUGUAAAUGUGCUUUUUAAAACAGGUUUGCUGUGUCUCAAAUCAGAUACUGCAGUUAGUAAACCGACACCCACACGACCCACACACGUGUUCAAUCGGCAGUCAUUUUCACAAGUUUGAAAAGAUGUUGGUGGGCCCCCCCUCCACUUCUGCUAAGUCACCUUUGCUGCCUUAAAAUGGAGCUUGUGAGCUAAUGGUUAUGACAAAGAGGAAGUCGUACAUGCAGGUUCAAGGCACGAGAAGAGGGCUGCUUUACAAGGGCAACAUGUAGGCCAAUGUUAACGUUACUGUCUGUAACUCCAGAAGCCACAAAAUGCAAACGAUUUUGCAAAAGAGCAGAUGGGUGACGUCACACAGGAAACACAAAAGGAAAAGGACAGGAUGAAAAGAUGAGGCUGAUAAGGGAAUUUAAAUAGUAUUCAAAAAUGAUAGAAUAACUAAAAUGACAAUAUAUUGAUUUAGCAUCCAACCAAAAGUGUCCAUGUCCAAACCGUGCUCUUAUAGUUCACUGCAUGUUGUCACACUUUUAUUGAGACACAGCACGACAAACAUUGACUAUUUAUAUACCAGGCUAUUUAAUGUUGUGGUUAUCUACUGAAGCUGAUAACCUGUAAAUAGUGUAUCGUGCCUGUUACUCCCUGUGUUGUGAAUUCCCUGCAUUCCCACGUUCCUCAGAGCUGAAGGCUGAAGGGCCUGAAAUCCGCUCUAGUGCACAAUGUAUUUAAAAAGGCUGACUGGGAAUCGUGUUGCCAGACAGAUGUUUUGUUCUUCUUGGCCUUGUUUUUUCUUUUAAGACUGCGUGAAAAAUAUUGAAUGUUACUUUAUUCUACAUGAUGCUCCUUCCUUUCAAAUUUCAAAGUGCCACAAGCUGCAAGAUAAAAAGCUGCAUUCUAUCAUUUGUAUGAUACACAAUUAUUCAGGGGAAAUAUUUGGAAACAACGGUUUCACAUUUCAUGUUCAUCAUCACUUCAUUUUGUUGACAUUUCAUUUUUUUUUUAAAUCUAAAUUAAUUCCAGGCCCUUGUCAACAUUUCAUAUUAACUUUCACGGACGAUCCAUGAUACUAUCAGUGCUGUGAGCGACGGAACGGCAUUUCAGCCGUUUAACAAAAAGGCUUUGUUGUGAAUGUGUUUUUUUUUUUUAUUAUAAUACACAUCAAGUUGUGUCCAGGACUGUCAGAUCAAGCCAUAUUGUUUUUAUUUUUUGUUCCAGACUGUUCUGAUAUUGAAAAGGGCAACAGUGCAGUUUUGUGUUGAAGUACAGUCUCCAUAACUGUACCAAAUAAAUACUUCCUUCCAAA